AUGGCCUACCAAGGCACUGGCGCUCAGUCGCCGAGUUACGAGGGAGGAAACACUGGUCAUCAACUUCAGGAUGUUCCUCAUGGUGCUUCUCCGUACGGUGAAAACCAUGAAGAAGAAGCCUCGAGAGGUUUGCUGUCCAACCAGCAGGGUCCCUUCUCCGGUCCCUUCGACGACCCUCACCAGCGUGGAUUGUCCCCUGGACCGCGACCCACCUCUGGCUACAGCUUGACCGAAACUUAUGCCCCCGACGCCGGUUUCCAGGAUCCCUACAGUGGAAACGGCUCGGUUUACUCGGGCCAUUCGGCGGAAAACCCUGCAACUGCUUUCGGUGUUCCCGGCCGUGUCGCUUCUCCUUAUGCCCGGAGUGAAACUUCGUCUACGGAGGCAUGGAGACAGCGCCAGGCUCCCGGAGGCAACGGCGGCACUGGUGGUGGCGGCGGUGGUUUGCGCCGUUAUGCCACCAGAAAGGUUAAGCUGGUCCAGGGUUCCGUGCUGAGUGUCGAUUACCCCGUGCCCAGCGCCAUCCAAAACGCCAUCCAGGCUAAGUAUCGGAACGAUCUCGAGGGUGGAAGCGAGGAAUUUACACACAUGCGAUACACUGCCGCGACGUGUGAUCCCAACGAUUUCACUCUGCACAAUGGUUACAACCUUCGACCUGCGAUGUAUAACCGUCACACCGAGCUCCUCAUCGCCAUUACAUACUAUAACGAAGACAAGACGCUUACAGCGCGUACAUUGCACGGUGUCAUGCAGAACAUCCGUGACAUCGUCAACUUGAAGAAGUCCGAGUUCUGGAACAAGGGUGGCCCCGCUUGGCAGAAGAUUGUCGUGGCCUUGGUGUUCGACGGUAUCGAUCCUUGCGACAAGGAUACCCUGGAUGUCUUGGCUACCAUCGGUAUCUACCAGGAUGGUGUCAUGAAGCGUGAUGUUGAUGGCAAGGAAACCGUGGCCCACAUUUUCGAAUACACGACGCAAUUGUCCGUUACUCCCAACCAACAGCUCAUCAGGCCCACUGAUGACGGCCCUACUACCCUCCCUCCCGUGCAGAUGAUGUUCUGUUUGAAGCAGAAGAACACCAAGAAGAUCAACUCUCACAGAUGGCUCUUCAACGGUUUCGGCCGUAUCCUCAACCCUGAAGUGUGUAUUCUUCUCGAUGCCGGUACCAAGCCCGGCCCCAAGUCGCUGCUCGCCCUGUGGGAGGGCUUCUACAACGACAAGGAUCUCGGAGGUGCCUGCGGUGAAAUUCACGCCAUGUUGGGUAAGGGUUGGAAGAACCUGAUUAAUCCCUUGGUCGCGGCACAGAACUUCGAGUACAAGAUCAGUAAUAUCCUCGACAAGCCCCUGGAAAGUUCGUUCGGAUACGUCAGUGUGUUGCCCGGUGCUUUCUCCGCCUACCGAUUCCGCGCUAUCAUGGGUCGUCCUCUCGAACAAUAUUUCCACGGUGACCACACUCUUUCCAAACAGCUCGGAAAGAAGGGUAUUGAGGGUAUGAACAUUUUCAAGAAGAACAUGUUCUUGGCCGAAGAUCGUAUUCUUUGUUUCGAGUUGGUCGCUAAGGCCGGCUCCAAGUGGCACUUGACCUAUGUGAAGGCCUCCAAGGGUGAAACCGAUGUGCCCGAAGGUGCCGCCGAAUUCAUCUCCCAGCGUCGUCGUUGGCUGAACGGUUCUUUUGCCGCCGGUAUUUACUCGCUCAUGCACUUCGGUCGUAUGUAUAAGAGUGGACACAACUUGGUCCGAAUGUUCUUCCUGCACAUUCAGAUGUUGUACAACGUUUUCAACACUUUCCUUACGUGGUUCUCUUUGGCGUCUUACUGGCUCACGACUUCGGUUAUCAUGGACUUGGUCGGAACCCCCAGCAAGAACAACGACUUCACCAGUUUCCCCUUCGGCAAAACCGCCACUCCCAUUGUGAACACCAUUCUGAAAUAUAUGUACCUCGCAUUCUUGCUGUUGCAGUUCAUUCUUGCGCUGGGUAACCGUCCGAAGGGUUCGAAGUACUCCUACCUUGCCUCCUUUAUUGUCUUCGGUGUCAUCCAGAUCUACGUUGUCAUUGAUGCGCUGUACUUGGUCGUCCGUGCCUUCAGCGGCGGCUCUCCGAUGGAUUUCGAUACCGACCACGGUCUCGGAGCGUUCUUGAACUCUUUCUUCGGAUCUACCGGUGCCGGUAUCAUCAUUAUCGCCCUUGCUGCCACCUUCGGUCUCUACUUCGUUGCUUCGUUCAUGUACCUGGACCCCUGGCACAUGUUCACUUCGUUCCCCGCCUACAUGGCCGUGCAGUCUUCCUUCAUCAACAUCCUCAACGUGUAUGCCUUCAGCAACUGGCACGACGUCUCGUGGGGUACCAAGGGUUCCGACAAGGCCGAUGCGCUGCCUUCCGCCAAGACCACCUCGGAGGAAGGCAAGGAAGCGGUGAUAGAAGAAAUCGACAAGCCGCAGGCCGAUAUCGAUAGUCAGUUUGAAGCUACCGUGAAGCGCGCCCUGACCCCUUAUGUGGCUCCCGUCGAGCACGAGGAGAAGUCUCUGGAUGAUUCGUACAAGAGUUUCCGUACGCGUCUGGUUACGCUUUGGAUCUUCAGCAACGGCUUGAUGGCUGUUUGCAUUACCAGUGACGGUGUUGACAAGUUUGGUUUCACGAAUACCGCUACCGACCGGACACAGCGAUUCUUCCAGGCCCUUCUAUGGUCUACCGCCAUCAUGGCGCUCUUCCGUUUCAUCGGUGCCUGUUGGUUCCUGGGUAAGACUGGUAUCAUGUGCUGCUUCGCCCGGCGGUAG